UGCUGUGCUGUUGCUCCAAAGCAGCAGGUAGCGCCAGCUCAGACCUUUGAGGGGAGACAUAGAAGAGAGGUGGCAUUUGUCCACACACUGAUUUAUACACAUUGAUCAUCAACACACAAUUAUUCACACAAACCUUGUUAGAAUGAGUUCAGCAUCUGAACCUGUGGUUGGAAGCAGUAGAUCCUUGCUUGCUGCCAAAAGACAUAGGACUGUACGGAAGAACUCAAGAAGGAUUUAUUCUGCUUACCGAGACCACCAGCAGGGCUCAUCGGAUGAAGAAGGUGGAGAUGAUAAGGAAGUGGACAGCAAUGACCCUGAAGAAAUGUUCCAGAACAUUCAGUACCAAAAAGAGAUCAUCGCCAACAUUCGCUCCAGACCCUGGCCAAUGAGACGCAAGCUCAAAGUUUUAAAGCAGGCUCGAGAGAUUGUCCUAAAGUAUGAAGGCCAGCUGACGAGAACAAGAGGUUAUCAGACCGCCGGAGCUGAUCUGCUGAAAAAACUUUACCGUGUGCUUUACAACAUUGUUGUUACAUUCAUUCCGUGGGAAGUGAGGAUCAAAAAAAUUGAAAGUCACUUUGGAUCAGGCGUGGCCUCCUAUUUUAUCUUUCUUCGCUGGUUGUUUGGGAUAAACAUCGUCCUCACCAUCAUGACAGGAUCUUUUGUGGUCCUACCAGAGCUGUUGGCUGGAGCUCCAUUUGGAACAACAAGAAGUAAAACUAUCCCCAAAGAGCAUCUUGCUUCAGCCCAAGACUUGGACACCAUCUGGUCUCUUGGGGGUUACCUGCAGUACUCUGUUUUAUUCUAUGGUUAUUAUGGCAGCGUGAGGAAGAUUGGCAGUGCUGGCUACCGGCUGCCACUUGCAUACUUCCUGGUUGGGAUGGCUGUUUUUGCCUACAGUUUCAUCAUCCUGUUACGCAAAAUGGCAAAGAACUCUCGUCUGAGUCUGGCCAGUGCUUCUGAUGAAAACUUCACAUUCUGUUGGAGAGUUUUCUGUGCCUGGGAUUACCUGAUUGGUAACCCGGAAGCUGCAGAGUGCAAAGGGGCUGCAAUCGUUAACAACAUCAGGGAAGCAAUUGUUGAAGAACAAGAAAAGAAGAAGGAUACAAGCCUGGCAGUUCUCAUCAGUCUGCGUAUUUUAGCCAAUAUCCUGGUUUUGCUGUCACUAGCUGGGAGCAUCUACAUCAUCUAUUUUGUUGUAGACCGAUCCCAGAAACUGGAGCAGGAAAAGCCAGAGCUGACGUUGUGGGAGAAGAAUGAGGUGAGUGUGGUGGUCUCGCUCAUCACUAUGAUUGCCCCUUCUGCUUUUGAGCUGGUUGCACAGCUGGAGAUGUAUCACCCAAGAACCUCCCUGAGAUUCCAGCUGGCCAGAGUCCUUGUUCUAUAUCUGGGAAACCUCUACAGCCUCAUUAUUGCCCUCUUGGAUAAAGUCAACAGUAUGAGCUCUGCUCCUCAUGUGAGUUCAAGUAACUGGACUAACACCAGCUCCACCAUAUCCAGUCUCUCUGCCCAAGUAUCAAGGAUCUCUGUGUCUGAGCAUCACAACAGUACCAUGGCAACCAUCAGCACAGCAAUCAACUUCAUCCACAACAGGAGCAGCUUGAUUACUGCAUCCAACCAGACAAUUCCUUUUGAGAAAAAUGCACGAUCUCAACAGGACCAGUGCUGGGAGACCUAUGUUGGACAGGAGAUGUUGAAGCUUUCUAUUAUUGACAUGAUCUUCACAGUGGCCAGCAUCUUGCUCAUUGACUUUAUCAGGGGUCUGGUGGUUCGGUAUCUGAGUGACUGCUGCUGCUGGGACUUAGAAAGCAAGUUUCCUGAAUAUGGAGAAUUUAAAAUAGCUGAAAAUGUCCUACACUUGAUCUACAACCAAGGAAUGAUCUGGAUGGGAGCCUUUUUCUCUCCAUGCCUCCCUGCCUUUAAUGUGUUGAAACUGAUUGGUCUCAUGUAUCUAAGGAGCUGGGCUGUCCUCACUUGUAAUGUUCCUCAUCAGCAGGUUUUCCGGGCUUCCAGAUCAAAUAAUUUCUACUUGGCUAUGCUACUUUUCAUGCUGUUCCUGUGUAUGCUCCCCACCAUCUUUGCCAUUGUGCGAUAUAGACCAUCGGAACACUGUGGACCAUUCAGUGGCCAGGAGAAGAUUUAUGACAUCAUCUCAGAUACAGUGGCAUCAGACUUCCCACUUUGGUUCAGUAAAGUGAUGAGUUAUGUCACCAGCCCUGUUGUGGUGCUGCCAGCAGUGCUACUGCUAUUUAUGCUGAUAUAUUAUCUUCAAGCAAUUGCCAGAUCCCUAAAAUUUACUAACAACCAACUGAGGAUUCAGCUCCAGACUGAGCGGACAGAAGACAAGAAAAAAGUAUUUCAGAUGGCUGCAGCAAGGCUGCAAGUCCCAGAGGCCUCAGCUGACAAAAACCCAGAUCAGCAGGAAAGUGACAUCCCAAACCAGGAAGCUUCCAUACACACCUCAUCUCCCCAGCAAAAUGGCAGCAUUACAAACGUUCAGUCUCCUAUUAAUCGUAGUAACAGCAUCCGUACCAUCAGCCAAUCAGCUUCUGGAGCUGACCUGAAUGAAGGAUGUGUGUCUGGAUCUGUCAGAAGUCCAGCUGUGAUCAUACUACCCAAACACCAGGUGGAACACUUACCGAACAGGCUGGUGAUUGGAUGUAGCUUGGUGGAGAGGCCUGGCAAAAAUCUCCCCACAUAAUUAGUCAGACCCAGUACCUGACGGAGCUCCUCCACAUUUGUGGGACACUGCAUUUGCGUGAUGGCUUCUACCUUGGUCAGGUCUGGUUUCAUGCCCUCCGCACUGAUGAUGUGACUGAAGUACCGCGUUUCUGAUUUGCUGAAAUAACACUCUGCUUUGUUCAGUUUCAAGCCACUGUUCUUGAUGGUCUUCAGAACUGCAUUCAGGUGGUUGUCAUGUUCCUCCUUAGUUUGUUCAUAAGCGAGAAUGUUAUCCAUGACUACGACAACACCUUCAUGGUCCUUUAGCAGUGUGGAUAACUGUCUUUGAAAAAUUUCUGGAGCUGACUUGAUUCCAAAUAGCAGUUGUCUGAAGCAGAAUCUACCGAUGAGAGUUAUAAAUGUUGUCAGUCUUCUGCUCUUUGCAUCCAGAGGGAUCUGCCAAAAUCCAUAUGAGGCGUCUAAGGUGGAAAACACCUUAGCCCCCGCCAGCUUUGGAGUGAUGUCUUCCAUAGUUGGUAAGAUGUAGUGCUCUUGUUUUACUGAUUUGUUUAGGUGUUUCAAAUCCAUACGUACUCUUACUUGAUCUCUGUUUUACUUUUCGACAGGAACCAUCGGGGCGCACCAAUCAGUGGGCUCUGAUACCCAACUCUAGCAUACGUUUCAGUUCUGUUUCAACCUUUGACCAUUCCGCCACCCAGUGGUCAUUUUUAUUAACCACAUAAUCUCAUCUGUCCCGCUCAUAAAAUGCACAAUAUGCCUAUAAACAAUUUUGGAGUAUUAUAAAGAAGUAUUAAAAUAUUCUGUUUUUCAACUAAAUAACAUCUUUGCCACUUUGGUACAAGCACAGUGACAAACAUUCAGCGACUGAGAACACUGGAUGCUGAGCAAAAAUCAUAUGACCCAGCUUUCCACCAGAAUUUAAACGCACCACCUGCGCACAAGUAAGAGGCUGUUGGAAGCAUGGAAAUUAAUCCGGUUAAGAAUCGUUGUGCAUUCGUAACCGGAUCUGUGCAUAAAUGCCGUUUUGUCUGUGUGUAUCACUCGACUCGUGCGUGCUUUCUCAACAUUUGUAGGAAUAGGAGAAGGUUUGAAUUCGGAAUUACCAGAUUUGUGAGGUUGUAGUUAAAAAAAUUGUGUGUAGAAAUUUAAUGUUUGUAGAAAUUGUAUUUGUGUAUGUGUACUUUUAUUUUGUAUUUAUAAUUUCUUAUUUGUGUAUGCAUUUCACCACAUAUUUAAAAGUACCCGGUUUACAAAUCAUGUUUCACAGAUACAACUAUCCAAAGUUACACACAAAGAUGCUUACACGGACUACAAAUACAGUAUUACACACUGUGAAGGUGUUUGGACACUAUUUUCACUCCAUAUAAUUACUUUACUCAUCACUGUUUUGGCUGGAGGGAGUCAGGCAGUUGAACCUUUUGAUGCCAUCUACCCAUAAUGCAUUGCAGAGUGAACAUCUGUCAUGUGACAAUAUUUUAUUAAAAUUUAUAAAACCAAAUCUACAGUAUUAUUAUACUUUUUUUUUUUACAUGUAAAAUAAAUAUUUCCCAAAUAAGGUCUAUUGCUCCACCUAAUUGUGGAUUCUUUAAAACAUUCUGGCUGCAGGGUUUCCCCCAGUGUACAGAAGCUUGCCCUACACCACCAGGCUAAUUGUCGUUUGUUUAUUUUAUACAGGUUAUUUUAAGACCCAUCUAUAAUCAUAUUUUUACUCAUUAGCUUCAACCCAGAUGAGAUUUAAUUUGACUAAACUUUAUUGGUAUUGAUUUUAUGUAUUUUACUGCGUUUUUGUGUUGAGCUUUUAAUUCAGGUAUAUUGUUGUGUGCUUAGCUUUGUUAUGUUAUCUCCCAUGUACAGCACUUUGUUUCACCUCUUUAUGAAUAAAGUUGAUUAUUUUACACAACAGUAACAAAGAUAGCAAAGAUGGGCUGUGGUCAGUUUGUAGUGGACACACUGAACUUGGGAUGGAGCAUGUUCCACCUUUCACUUAAAAUAUUCUAUUUGGAAGGUGUUUUUGCACAACAGGUUUUUGUCUUCCCUUUAUGCCAACAGUCUUUCCAGAGAAUACUGCACCAUCGUGCGUCAUGAACCUCGAGGGGUGUAUUCACACCAGCCCUGUUUAGUCCACUGUAAUCAGACUCUAAUUUGUUUGUCUAGAAAGUCAGAUUCGUUUGGGGAGUGAGAAUACAAAUUUGAAUUCCAAAAUAGACUAAAGAAGCAAACUGAACCGCCUACCAACUUAGGUCUGAAUCCAGCUGUAGUGAACUCUGAAGUGGUCGGAAGGCAGUGAGAAUGCAAGCGGAUCGGAGGUCAGUUGCCAUGGCAACAGGUCUGCAAUCUGUCACAGACAGCAAGGAAACGCAGAAUGUAGAUGUUUAAAGCUGUUUCUCAGAUUGUUUUCCCUUUGAUGUGGAGCACUGCAGCUGCUAUAAUUUUUAAAACUUUAAUAAAUGACAAAAACUGGACUAAUUGCCUAUAUAAUAAUAUACAUAUUUUACAUAUAUCAAAACUUGAGAAAUUUUCUCAGCUUUAUGCCAAGUUCAUAGAAAUCUGGUAAAAAAUAAGGACACUGUGAUCAUUUUUGACAGGUUCUUGCUCAUUCCACAUUGGAGCAGUUUGGUUUUGUGGACAGACUCACCGCAUCAGUAAUUUGCGCCUGCUGGCGUGUUGCUAGCUUUAGCAGCUAAUAGGUGAUGUCCAAACUAGUAAUGUAUAUGAAUGGAGAAAUCCUACAAACGCUAAAAUCUGACACUGCUCCAUUUUUGUUUACGUUUUGUGAAGAAGGAAAUUGCUCUGGUCUUCUUCAGAGGUUUUGUGUCAAUUCCUUCAGUAAUUCUUGGUGCAGUGCCCCCACAGGUGACGGGAGGAACAGGUUUUUUAGUUAGUUUGGGUCGUCUGACACAGUGCAGUGUGAAUGUGAACCACAGCAGCUAAAAAUUUUACAAAUGUUGCAAUUUUGGUAAACAAAACUAAACUCAACCGGGCUAUCAGGUUUGAAAACACCCUAAAGACUUACUAUAUAUAUAUAUACUGUAUGCUGACAGUAGUUAUGCUUUCAGAGGUUUGCAUUGAGUGUAUAGUGAGACUGAUGACAGUGCAUAUAUCUUUGUGAACCAAGUUAAAUAUUACACACAUUCUGGCAUGCAGUUGGCUCAUUGUCUGCUCUUGCAACUUGGGAAAGUGUAAAUAAAUAGAACAUGAUUACUGCACAAGCUGAUUAAUGUUGUUUUUCCCUCUUUCCC